AGUGGCAGGGCACUCCGGAGGUCCCCACCGCACUUCGGCGCGGGGAGAUGGGCUUUGGCUAUGGAGACCGGACCCUGAAGCGGGUCUUAGGCCUGGGGGAGAAUCCUGGGAGCCGGAGCCUGGAGGCGGGGCUUGGGUAGCUCGCCCCACGCGGGGCGGGGCUCCUGCGGCCGCGGGCUCUGCAGUUCGGACUCGGCGCGCCACAGUCGUCGCAGUUGCCUUCACUGUGGUGGCCCCGCGGCCUGGCGGGGAGUCCCGGGGUCCGCGGGCAGCUAGGACUGGGCGCGGGGCCGGCCCCGCCUCUCCCCUCGGUGCGGCCUAGACGGUCGGAGCGGCAGGGACAUGGAGCCCUCUCCAGCCACCGGAGGCUCGGAGACCACCCUCUUGGUGAGCCCCCGGGAGCGCAGCGGCGCGGGCGGCGGCUUCCGUUUGAAGAGUCUCUUCACAGAGCCCUCGGAGCCCCUCCCUGAGGAGCCCAAGCUUGAGGGGAUGACCUUCCACCAUUGCCAUAAGGACCCCAUGCCACAGUCAGGCCUCUCCCCGGAGAGGCGGCAGGCCCGGAGGCAGCUAUUUGCUGCCUGUGUCGUGUGCUUCAUCUUCAUGGCUGGGGAGGUGGUUGGUGGGUAUUUGGCACAUAGUCUGGCUAUUAUGACUGAUGCUGCCCACUUGCUAGCAGACGUGGGCAGUAUGAUGGGUAGCCUCUUUUCUCUUUGGCUCUCUACUCGGCCAGCAACCCGCACCAUGACCUUUGGCUGGCACCGCUCAGAGACUCUGGGGGCUUUGGCCUCUGUGGUCUCCCUCUGGAUGGUCACUGGCAUCCUCCUGUACCUGGCCUUCAUCCGCCUGCUGCACAGCGACUACCACAUCGAAGGGGGUGCCAUGCUGCUGACCGCCAGUAUCGCAGUUUGUGCCAAUCUGCUAAUGGCCUUUGUGCUGCAUCAGGCGGGCCCCCCCCACAGCCACGGGUCUAGAGGGUCAGAGUAUGCACCGCUGGAGGAGGGGCAUGGGGAAACUCUGCCCCUGGGGAACACCAGUGUCCGGGCAGCCUUUGUGCAUGUGCUGGGGGACCUCCUACAGAGCCUUGGGGUCCUGGCUGCCUCCAUCCUCAUCUACUUCAAGCCUCAGUACAAGGCAGCUGACCCCAUCAGCACCUUCCUUUUCUCCAUCUGUGCCCUUGGAUCCACAGCUCCCACCCUCCGAGAUGUUCUCCGCAUCCUCAUGGAAGGUGCCCCCCGCAGCGUGGGAUUUGAACCUGUAAGGGACACAUUGCUGUCAGUGCCAGGAGUCCGAGCAGUCCAUGAGCUGCACCUGUGGGCUCUGACGCUCACUUACCAUGUUGUCUCUGCACACCUGGCCAUUGACUCCACUGCUGACCCUGAAGCUGUCCUGGCUGAAGCCUCAUCCCGGCUCUAUUCCCGGUUUGGAUUCUCCAGCUGCACCCUGCAGGUGGAGCAGUACCAUCCUGAGAUGGCCCAGUGUCUGCGCUGCCAGGAGCCCCCCCAAGCCUGAGCCUUGGCCCCACCCUCACCCUACUGCCAGACCCAGGCUCAGCCCUGGACUCUCAGCACCUGCCUCCCUGAUCACAGAAGGGACCUUCCUCUCUCCAUCUUCCACCUGCCAAACGCCCCAGCCCCAGCCCAAGUGGGCAAGACCAAAGUGUGUAUGAGGAGACCAGGACGAGAGUGGGGCUGAACAGCUGUGAACAGCUCAGGGGCCUGGGGUGUGUGGAAGCCUCACCAUCCUUGCUCCCCAAGGAGAGUCACACUCGUCCUUUCUGUGCAAUUCAUGUGUCUUUGUGGCAGGCUGGCUGGCUAGCUGGGGACAUCUGCCUGUCUGUGUGCUGUUGGUGUGCCUAUGCCUGGGGAGGUCAGCAGGGGCCCCCUCCCCACAUGACCCUUGCUCUGUCUAUGCAGGGGCCCCAAAACCUGCACUUUUUUGUGUGUGUCCUAGCCCUGUGGUCUUGUCUGUUGUGUGUGUUCCUUGGUGCUGUGGCCUCUGUGUUUCUGUGCCUGUGUGGCUGUGCUGGUCUCUGUGAGUCUGCUUCACCCAUGUUUGUUUGGGAGUCUGUUUGUCCUUCUUGUUGGUGCUGUGCCCUUGGCUUUCCCAGAGAGAGGGAGGACUCCACUGCAGUUCCACCAAUAAA